AUGACAGGAAAAUAUACCGAAAUAGUGCGUAUAGAACGCAUUCAAAAUGAAACAUGGUAUAUGCAAUAUUUAACACAUCAUUUGGAGUUUAAAUCACGCCUUGGCAUGGACACAGAACAACGUCUGUAUCAUGGGUCUACUAAAGAGGCGGCUGAUGAUAUUGUGAAAUCUUGGUUCAAUCGAAGCUUUGCCGGUGUUAAUGGAACUGUAUAUGGGGUUGGUGUUUAUUUUUCAUCAGAUGCGGCUUACAGUCAUGGCUAUGCACGCCUAAAUGAAAAUGGAGAACGCAACAUGUUCGUAGCGCGUGUUCUUGUUGGGAAGACGACACCUGGCAACAGUUCCAUGAAAACCCCACCCCCUGGCUUUGAUUCGACAACAGAUGGUAGACAUAUAUUCGUUACGUAUCACGAUGUUCAAGCAUACGCCGAAUACUUGAUUACAUAUAAAUAA